AUGUCCAACGCUUCCCAAAUAUCCUCAGAGAAUGAGGGUGUCCCCUUCAGUAUCCUCGACACCGAUCUUUACAAGCUUACCAUGCAGAAUGCCGUCCUCCACCACUUUCAUGAUGCAGUUGUGACUAUCAAAUUCACCAACCGGAGUCCGCAAAUGCUGUUCUCUAGGCAGAGUUUCCAGUGGGCGCAAGAGCGAGUGAACCACUUGACCGACUUGCGGCUUACAGAGAAAGAGAGGGCAUACCUCUCUAAAUCUUGUUCAUACUUUUCCUCGUCUUACCUUGACUACCUGCAGGGCGUGCGACUUGACCCUAUCAAUCAGGUCAAGCUCUCGUUCAUGCCAAAGAGCACCAAUGGGGAGGGUGAGGAAAUGGGCGAGAUAGGGUGUGAGAUUGAGGGUCCCUGGAGGGAUACCAUUCUGUAUGAGGUCCCUAUAAUGGCUAUCUUGAGCGAGAGUUACUUCAAGUUUGUUGACACUGAUUGGAGUUACGAUGGUCAACUGGAAUUAGCCAAAGCAAAGGCGCUCCAACUCUUGAACCCUCCUGCGCCGACGACGCCUCUCGUAUUUUCCGAAUUCGGCACCCGUCGGAGACGGAGCUUCCAGGCCCAGGAUAUUGCCAUCAAGGGCCUUCUUUCCGGGCUCGAAGAGUACAGAUCCCAAGGUGGGAAGGGUGGUGCUGUCAGUGGAACCAGUAACGUCUACUUGGCUUUGAAGUAUGGUAUACGGCCAGUGGGAACUAUUGCGCACGAGUGGGUCAUGGCCGUCGCUGCCGUCCACGGCUACAAGGGCGCCAAUGGUCGAGCAAUGGACAUGUGGGAAGAAGUGUAUCCUCCCAACACGCCCCUGGCGGCUCCUCUUACAAUGCUCACCGACACCUUUACUGCAUCCAUCUUUUUCGACGAAUUUAUUUCUUCCCCUGAACGUGCUCUUCGCUGGGCCGUCCUGCGCCAAGAUUCGGGCGACGCAUUCGAGUUCUUGCGGGGCGCCAAAAAGGCUUGGAGGACGGUGGAAGAUGAGGCUGGCGGGAAGCAGGUCAUCUUUAGUGAUGGACUGGAUGUCGAGAAGGCUGUCAAGCUGCAGCAAGGGUGUGAUGAGAUUGGCAUUGCUGCUUCCUUCGGUAUCGGCACGUUCCUCACCAACGACUUUUACAGAGUCUCAGACCCAAGCCAGAAAUCAAAAGCGCUCAAUAUCGUUAUCAAGCUCAACAAGAUCAAUGGCAAGGGUUGCGUCAAGCUUUCGGAUGACAAAGGAAAGCACACUGGAGACGUUGACGACGUUCGCAGAGCUCAGGAAGAGUUGGGUCUUGCGUGA